AUGGCACCCCCUCUGGACCCCGAAAUUCCUGUAGUGGCGGCAACGCGAGGUGGUGAGGGGGGUGGCUCUGGUGUUGCCGUGAACGCACAGGAAGAAAGUGGCCCCCCUAGGUCGCCUCCCGUUGGGGGUGUUUCUUCGGAGCCUAUUGCGGACUUUGACGCCUCUGAGGUUGCUGUUUUGGUUGUGGGGGCAGGAGGAAUUGGCUGUGAGCUUGUCAAGACGCUGGUUCUGAGCGGCUUCUGCCGCAUUGGCAUUGUCGAUCUAGAUACCGUCGAUAUCACAAAUCUGAAUCGACAGUUCUUUUUUAGGAAGGCACACGUUGGCAUGAGCAAGGCUCAGGUUUUAGCGUCUGCUUGCAGCAAGCUUUUUACGCAACAACAGCUCCUGAAAAUUGGAGCGGCCGCAGCAGCUGCUGGCACCCAGCCUGCAACGCAGGAGUGCUCUGCAGCAGCAGAAGAUGAAUUAGUCUCUGGUGAUCGCAUCUAUGGGCUGCUGGGCAUGCGUGGCAACAUUAUGUCUGCCUGCUUCACGGUUUCGUUUGUUUCUUCGUUUGACAUCGUGUUCGCUGCCCUCGACAACUUGCAGGCGCGGCGGCACUUGAACCGCCUCUGCCUCGGAGCAGAAAAACCCCUCAUAGAGGCAGGCAGUACAGGUUACAGCGGCCAAGUAGUGCCAAUAGUGCCGCAUCAAACUUUGUGCUUCGAUUGCGAAGCCAAGCCAAACGUCAAGGACAGAUUUCCUGUAUGUACACUGCGGCAGCACCCCGAAAAACCCGAACACUGCGUAGCCUGGGCAAAGAUGCUUUAUGAGCUCCUUUUCGGUCUCGAUAACGCUGAUAAUCUUCUCGUGGACCUUAAGGCAGAGCUGGAAGCGCUUCUAAGCACCGCCAGCAGCAACUGGCAAGACGUAGCGACUGCAGGGAAGCGGGUGAUGGAGGAGGUUUUCAGCAAGCAGAUAAAAGAUCUACGCAUCCUCAAAACUGACUGGAAGGGGAAAGAUCCUCCUAACCCCUUGCAGCUCCACCCAGACCUGCAACGGCAGGUGAUGCAGCGGCAUCAGCAGCAUAAUACAAUGCAGGAUUUUCCAGCUCACAGACUGUGGUCAUCUCUGGAGUGCCAACAGGCAUUCCUCUCCAGCUUCUGCUCCCUCAUGAAAAAAAAGCACGAAAUGCAAAAUCAGGAUGCGCAAGGACAGCAGCAGAAACAGCUGCAGGGUGUGCCCUUCGAUAAAGACGAUGACUUAGCGAUGGAUUUUACGCGAUGGGAGCUGCAAGCGAUUGCGGGAUCCAUCAUUCCUGCGAUUGCGAGCACCAAUGCAAUUGUAGCAGCCCUCCAAGUUGUUCAGGCUCAGCACCUUCUCCGAGGUCUGACCAGGCUGCGUCAUCAGCAGGCUGUAAAGCCACAAGGGCAGCAAAGUGCUGAUGAGCUGAAAGAGACUGUGCGAGACACCUUGGCGCGUCAGGUGUGGGUAAAACCAUUUGUCACGGGGCGUCAUGCAAAUCGUUAUGGAUCUCUGCUGCUGCCGGAAAUUCUUGAGCCUCCUCGCGCUAGCUGUUUCGCCUGUCAGCAGAUACGGCUAACCGUGAAACUCGCAUCCUUGAAGAGCUGGAAUCUUUACAAUUUCCUGAAACGCGUGCUGAUUGAGGCAUUGGGGUUCAACUUGCCCUUCCUCGAUUACGGUUGCAACCUCAUCGAUCCUGAAGAGGCUCUUCAAGACGACGCGUACCGGCAGUCGCUGCUCUCGACAAGUCUUCAAGACGCGCAAAUCAGCAGCGGCACUCUCCUAACAGUUACUGACUUCUCACAGGGGGAGUUUCAGUGCGAUCUGUUGAUUCUCGAAGAUCCUACUAUUACCGAUAAACCGGAGGAAGCAGCAACUGCCUUCCUGCUCUCCAAGCCUGAAACGACGGCCUGCGACAAGGGCAGUAACAGCAGCAGCAGCAGCAGUAGCACUGCCGCGAGCAGCAGUAGCAGCGACAGCAGCAGCAGCAACAGCAACAGCCCACAAGAGGGAGGUGCCUCAACCCCUAUCCUUGUCGAUUCCGAUGACGAAGGCUGCCACUUGGCAGGCGUGCCUUUAGCAGCAGCAGCAGCUGCUGCUGUGGCUGCGAACAAGGAUGCAGAAGUGCUGGUGGUUAGCGAUAGUGAUGCUUAG